ACUUUCCAAUCAAUAGGUACUCACAGCGCAAAUCCCAAAAUAAAGAUCACGUUCCACACUGUUUUAGAACACCUCGUAGUACUAAAAAAAGCUGGACCUACGGUGGAAUUAAUAUACCCACUGAAUACAUUUAAUGUUCACCUAUUUAGAGGGCUGCUCGGAAACCGCGUUUGAUAAGUUCCGGGUUCCCUUUACGCGUUUGUGCGUUUUUCAGAAGUCAUCACACAGGAAUUCAGUUGACAUAGUGUUUGUUCCUCGCAAAAGGAAGAUCGCACUAAUAUGUUUUUAUUGGUGUCGAGUUCGUUUUGAGGAGAGAGAAAGUUUCUUAUGUUACCGUUCACUUUCAUGGCUACUGGUGGAAUUCAAGGCCAGCUGUUGGAUAUUAAUGUUGUGGGAUGCAACAGGCUGAGGGACACUGAGUGGAUCUCCAGGCAGGAUCCAUAUGUCUGCCUUGAAUAUGCCAACUCUAAAUUUAGGACAAAAACCUGCACAGAUGGUGGAAAAAAUCCAACUUUCAAUGAGAAGUUUGUUUGUCCUUUGAUUGAAGGUCUCCGUGAAUUAAAUAUUACAGUGUGGAACAGCAAUACAUUAUCAUUUGAUGACUUUAUCGGCUCUGGCAAAAUUCUGCUGACAAGGGUACUCUCAAGUGGGUAUGAUGAUUCAACAUGGACAUUGACUUCCAGAAGUGGAAAAAAUGCUGGGGAAGUAAGAAUUAUCCUUCACUAUGCAAAUGUUGGUAAAGAGAAAAAUAAAGCACAAUCUGCCGUUUCAGCUUCUCCAUACACAGGACAGUUUCCAACCAGUGCUCCAUAUGCACCACCAACUGCACCACCACCUGGAUACCCAACUUUUCAGCAGCCAUCUUCAUAUUAUCCUGGAUAUCCACCUGUAUCUACAUAUAAAUCAGAUCCAACUGGAUAUCCACCCCCUCAAACUAUUGCAUAUCCUCCACCUCAAAGCAAUGCAUAUCCUCCACCUCCAAGUAACGCAUAUCCUCCACCUCCAAGUUAUGUGUAUCCGCCACCUUCAGAUUAUUACCCUCCCACACCUGCUGCAUACCCACCAUCUCCUUUUGGUACAACUGCCUCACCUUCACCAUACCCUCCUCCGGUUGCAUAUCCUCCACCAAAUCCACAAGGAGGCUAUCCAGCACAGCCUUACCAAGGCUAUUAUCCAGGAGGAUAUCCACCUCAAUAGGUUUUCUUGUGGCACUGAGCAGGGCAAGGGAUGGAAAAAUUUCUGGUCUUCAUGGUUAAAAUAAUGACAAUUCAUUCCCAGUUUGGUUCCAAAUCAAUAUGCAAUGAACUUUUGCUGUGUAUCUGUUACUACUGUACAAUAUGGUGUAGUUGAUCAAAUUUGUGCUUAUCAUGUUAGCGAUGCUGGAUUUAAGAAGGAAAUUAUCCAAUCCUCAUAUACGUUGUAAUUGUUUGUGAACGUUCAAAUAAAAUCUAUACCGUAUUUUGCCAAAACUGACAUAAUUGUAUUUUGGGGUAUCUUGCCAUGUGGUCAUAUGUAUGUAUAUUCAAUAUCUCGGGAGUGAAUAUGGUGCCACUGUGCUUUUCUGCUUCUUGUAACUACUGGGGAAGGCAAUAUUAUCUUACAUGUAAGACGAGUAUUUUGCUGACCAUUGUUGUAAUGAAUAUAAUUCUUGGAUUCCUUAUUGCAA